CUGCUUUUUUUUUUUUCCCUUUUAUAGCUUCCAUACCCAAAACAUAUACUUCCCCCUCUUCCUCUAAACCUCAGUUUUCUUCUCAACUAACUAACUACUUACUCUGUUUUUCUCUGUUUUGAUCCCACUAAUAAUACUUUUUUAAGGUAACCUUCCAAAAUUAGAAAGUUUAGUGAGCUUCUUUAAUGGAACCAGCACAUGGCUUAAUUGGAGGAGGCAGGUUGGUAAAUAAUGAGGCAGAGCUUGAGUUGGGGCUGAGCUUGGGGAGUGGUGGAGUGGGAAACAUCAAGAAAUUGUCAAAGUGUGGGGGUAGAAUAUUAACAGCUAAAGACUUCCCUAAUGGCUUUCCAAGUGGAUUUAGGGCUGUUUCUGGAGCUAAAAGAGCAGCUGAUUCUUAUGCUGCUAGUUCACCUCCAUCUGCUUCAAGCCACGUGGUAGGAUGGCCACCCAUAAAGGCAUGCAGGAUGAACAGCCUGGCUAAUACUAACAACCAACCAAAAGUUCCAAGUGAUGAACAACAAGAUGGAGUUGUGAGUGAAAGUAAGCAAAAAACAAAAAGGAAAGUGAAGCAUGGGAAUUGCAAGGAUGGUUCUCCUAGAUGCCUUGGAUUUGUCAAGGUCAAUAUGGAUGGAAUUCCAAUAGGAAGAAAGGUGGAUCUAAAUGCUCACACCUCCUAUAAGACUUUGGCCCAUAACUUGGAGGAUAUGUUCUUUAAAUCCACAACAAAAACUAUGAGUCAUAUAUGGAGUAGAGGAAAGCAACAAAAAGUUGUACACACUAAGCUUUUGGAUUUGGAUGGAUCCUCUGAGUUUGUGCUAACAUAUGAGGAUAAAGAUGGAGAUUGGAUGCUGGUAGGAGAUGUUCCAUGGGGGAUGUUUCUCUCCACUGUUAAAAGACUGAGAAUCAUGCGGACUUCUGAAGCAAAUGGACUUGCUCCAAUUGUCCAAGAAAGACAUGGAAGACACAAAGGAAAACCAACAUAACUUCUUAUAUCCUGGCACUUUCAGCAGUGUUGUGCUUGCAAAUUAAACCAGAAGAGUAAAAAUCAGAAAUAAAAAGAGACUUGAGAAAUCACCAUCAAUCUUUUUGUAGUGGUUUUUGGUUAUAUGUAUCUUAAUUUUUUCCCCAUUUUAUAAUUUAUUAUACCACCUGGUAUUUCUUUAAGCUGACUUAAUGUAGUAGUCUCUUGGAACAUACGAAGUAUUAUGCAUUCAGCGUUCUUAAUUAUAUAAUUUCUUAUACUGUUGGCAAGAA